GCCCCUUCCGCCCCCAGCCGGCAGCGGCUGCCAUGGAGGCGGCACCGCCGCUCUUCUCCUUCGGAGUUAUUGCGGACGUCCAGUAUGCGGACGCGGAAGAUGGCUACGACUUCAGCGGGUGCCGCCGGCGGUACUACCGGCAGAGCCUCGCCCUGCUACAGAACGCUGUGGAAGCCUGGGCCACCGAGCGGCCACCGCUCAGCUUCGUGUUACAGCUGGGGGACAGUAUCGAUGGUCUCAACGCCCGCCGCGGCGAGGCCGAGGGUGCUUUGGCGCAGGUGCUGGCAGUACUGCGGCGAUUGCCGGUGCCGGUGCACCACGCGUGGGGCAACCACGAGCUGUAUAACUUCAGCCGUGCCCGCCUGGCGCGCAGCGGCCUCAGCAGCCGACCCGCCGGGGCCGCGGCCGGGCCGCCAGCCGCGGACUGCCGGGACUGCCAGGCCUAUCACUUCAGCCCGGCUCCGCGGUUCCGCGUCGUUCUGCUGGACGCCUACGACCUGAGCACCCUGGGCAGGGAGCCGGACAGCCCCCGUUACAAGGAGGCCCUGCGGCUGCUACGGGAAAAGAACCCCAACGACAACCUCAACAACCCCGCAGGGCUCCAGGAACCUCAGUUUGUAGAGUUUAACGGAGGAUUUAGUCAAGCCCAGCUGGACUGGUUCAAUGAAGUCCUCAGGCUCUCUGAUGAGAACCAAGAAAAAGUUGUAGUUACAGGUCAUCUGCCCAUUCAUCCGGAUGCUUCAGACAUAGUGUCCCUAGCCUGGAAUUACCAAGAGGCCCUCUCGGUCAUACACUCCCACCAGUGCGUGGUCUGCUUCCUUGCAGGGCAUAUGCAUGACGGAGGGUAUUUUCUGGACUCGCAUGGGGUUCACCAUCUGACUUUGGAGGGGGUUAUUGAAACACCAUCAGACAGCAAUGCCUUUGGAACUAUUUAUGUCUACAAAGACAAAAUGAUCCUAAAGGGAAGGGGCAGAAUUUCAGACAGAGUUAUGCACUUCUGAGAAUGGUAAGCAAAUACAAAUCGCUCUUCUUCAGGGAGGAGUUGGACUAAAAAGCAGGGAAUUCAGUUUGUAAGAAAGCUUACAAGGAAGACGUGCAUGGUUGAUCCUUUUAGCAUAAACACAUAGUUUUCCGUUGGAUAUUUCCUAUCCUUUGAAUUUUAGAAACAGAUAUUUCUGUCAGAAAACAGAGCUAGCUUCUUCCUGGAGAACAGAGAAGGCCAGUAGUAGUGUUUGAAAUAAAUGAAUGCAUGGAGUUGACUUGAAACACAUGAUCCUGCCUGGGUUGUUAUUUACUGUGGGAAAGUGCAAACUAUAUUAGUAUUUUUAUAUCUCAGAAUUAAAGAAUGCAGAAUUGUGCCUGCUCAGUCACAUUUCAUUUUAUUUUAUUGUAUCACAGUAAAGUUUCAUGUCUGGCAGAGUCACUGCACCCUGUAGCCUAAUGCAGCAUUGGCUUAACAGACUAAAGGACACCUCAGAAAAAAGCCAAGCCCAAGGAAAAUGGAGACCAUCUCUAGGUGUUGCAUCAUGGAAUGCUGUGGGUACACACCUGCAGCAGUACCAGCUUAUGAAGCCCUGAUGUGGGAAGACCACCUGUCACUGUGUCGCAUCAGGACCUGCUCUGGCUUUCUCCCAGCCAGCCUGUGUGUCCAGUGCUCUCACCGUGCUUCCCUCUCCAGAGCUAGGGACACUGACACAAGUACAAUGGGACUGGGCUGCUGUUACCAACAGCAACACCUGUGAAGUUAAAAGCAGCGUUUUUUCCAGGCACUGACCCCUCCAGGCAACCGCUGAAGAUGAGCUGCCAAAAUUCAAGAGCUCACCACGACUGAACGUUGUGAUCCAUUCCACAUUUGGCUGAACUUCCCCGCAGCUCGGCAGAGGCAGGAGCACAGAAUCUAGGUCUCCCACAGCCCCCAGUGGCAAACGUCCCUCUGAGAGACUGAAAAUUGUAUGAAUGUGCCUCAAAAUUGUGGCUAGAAGCUCAUCACUGCUGAGGUGCAGCAGGCAGCUUCCCCGAGCCGAGCCGCAGAACAGUAGUGGCACCCGCACGUGCCUAGGGCUGCAGUCGCCGAGAGUGGACUCGAGGAGAGGGUCCAGUGGAGAGCUACAGGGAUGAUUGGGGACUGGAGGGCAUGGCUUAUGUGGAGAGGCUGAAAGACCUGGGGCUUUUUGGUCUGGAGAAGACUGGAGGGGAUUUAAUAAAUGUUUAUAAAUA